GUGCCGCGCUCUUAUUUGCGUGUGGUAGCAAGGAGCUAACGGGUCCUUCUAGGAGCGGCGGCUUAGUUUCUGCAGAGGCCCAGCUGGCCCCCUUUAGUCGGCGGUAGCCGCGGUAGCUGAACAUCGGCGAGGAUCUGGUGCCUGUUCCGCGCUAGGCUGCUGUCUAGCUUGGCUAUUUUCAAGGGACAUGGAAUUUCCCUUCGAUAUAAACCGUCUGUUCCCCGAGAGGAUCUCCGUCCUGGACCAGACUCUGGCCGCAGGGCAGCCACGCGUCGGGAGGCAAGAUCUGCAAGUCCAGAUGGGAACAGUCAUCGAUGAGCUCGGGAGAGCUUCAGCAAAGGCCCAACAGUUGACAGCACCAAUCACAAGCGCAUCAAAGCUCCAGUCCAACCGGCACCACCUCUUCCUGCUCAAGGAUGGAGAGAGAAAUGGAGGACGUGGGGUAGUGUUGGGGUUUCUGAAGGUUGGCUACAAGAAGUUGUUUCUGCUUGACCAGCGAGGGGCUCACAUCGAGGCGGAGCCGCUCUGUGUUCUGGAUUUCUACAUCACGGAGAAACUGCAGCGACACGGCUACGGCCUCCAGCUCUUCCACUUCAUGCUGCAGCACAAGCACAUGGAUCCAACGCUGAUGGCUUACGACAGGCCCUCUCCCAAGUUCCUGUCUUUCCUGGCAAAGCGCUUCGGCCUGACGGAGAGUGUUCCUCAGGUCAAUAACUUUGUGGUGUUCGAUGGCUUCUUCCUCAACAGAUCAGCGGCCCAGCUGAGAAAGGUGCCCUCAAAAAAGCCCGACGGAGAGAUCAAACCUUACUCACUAGUGGAGAGAGAAGCGGUACGCCAGGAACAGAGGGUGCUGCCCUGGCCAUUUGUUCACCCCGCCGCCGCCCCCACCUCUCCUCAACGGCCGGCGUCCUCCCAGUGCUCCCGCUCCCUCAGCGUGGGAUCAUCCCCCAGCAGGACCCCCCCACACCCUGCUCAGCCCCCAGCUCCUCUCCCUGGGGGCUACAGGGGCCAGACUCCCCAGUCCCCCCUCAUCGACAGCUGCAGGGAAAAGCGCGCCAGUUCUUUAAACCGAUCACAGCUCGGCUUCCAUUGA